AUGAUUAUGACACGCCAAUCAUCGAUCCGUCAGCUCAUUUUGUCCCUUCUCGUUGUAUCAGUUGGGCUGUCCAAAGGACUCCAUUUGCUUCAGCAUAUCUCCUCUAUUCCCGGACCUACUUUUGCUCUGUACUUUCCAACCUUUCUCAUUCUAGAAACCUUGCUGUGUAUCAGUGCUUGGAUUUUUCUGUUUAAAUGCAAUGGCGUGAAAGCGGUUAUUGGGAUUGUUGUGGCUGCGGCCAUCUCAUCCCUGAGUCUUGUUCUCUGUGCAUCUCAAAUUGCCUUUUACCUAGUCACUGGUAAUGAGAUUCGAUGGGAAGCUGCAGCGGCGACAGGAAGUGACCCCGAGGGUGCUCGACUGCUCUUGUCUGGAACCAAGUCUUUCAUGGGCGCUGCAAGUGUCAUAUUCAUUCUUUCCUGGCUGUUCAAGAAUGGCAUAUAUUGUGCAAUGAACUUUUGGUUCUGCGCAUUAUUUACCAGUCCGUCGACUGAGAAAGGAGACAAGGAGGCUCUUCUGCCAGGCUCUCAAGAUAAGCCUUCAGUCUCAAGUCCCAUUCGACUCUGGACUAUCAUGGCUGUGAUCACAACGGCUACUCUGCGUCUAACUCGCCCCCAAGUACCGUAUAACCAUAUGUCUGGUGCGAUACCGUUUACCCUUUUCCAAGCACUGAGACCAUCCCCUACUAAGGGUCAUGGGGAUCAGGAAUUCCCACUCGCAAGCCUGAUCGGAGAGGAAUAUUGGGAAGGCCCUCAUGGGCACUUCAAAGGCUGGGCUCCGGGAAUGACAGAAGAGAACCACACUGUCGGGCAUUACAAUGCCGUGGAUGAUCCUUUGCGGAUCACCAACCUCGACCAUGACAUGAUUGAGCCUUUGACUCGCGCUCUCAAGGAUCACGAUAUCCCAAUAACGCAUGUUGUUCUUGUGCUGAUGGAAAGUGCUCGGAAAGACAUAUUCCCUUUCAAAGCAGGAUCUCAUUUGCACGAAGAGAUCUUGUCCUCUUGGAACAGCCAAGACCCUCAAGUACUCCAGAGUGUCAAUGAAAGGUUGUCAAAUCUCACGCCAGUCGCCGAAAAGCUAACCGGUCAAUUUGGUGGGUUCAUGAAGUCCCAAAAUGACUCCCAAACUCGUGAAUCUCAGUGGGAAGAUACCGCUGCGUCCGGGAUGGGUGGAAUCAAUAUUGAUGGUAUUCUGACUGGCAGCACUCUGUCUUUCAAGAGUGCUAUCAUGAACUACUGUGGUAUGGGGCCACUACCGGUGGACUUUAUGGAUGAAGUCAAGGCGAAGGCCUAUCAGCCUUGCAUCAUGCAGGUCUUUGACUUGUUUAAUCAACUCAAGCAGAAUGAGACGGCCAAAGAUCAAAAUUUGCACAAACCCCAUGGUCAGCUCGAUUCCAUACAUCUUCGCAAUUGGACGUCUGUGUUCUUGCAGUCCAUAACAGGACUGUAUGAUGAUCAGGAUCAGCUUAAUGAGAAAAUGGGAUUUAAGAAAUCCAUUUAUCGCGAGCAAAUAGAAGAAGAAGACGCCAAACACUUCCAUCCCGGAAUGGAAGAGAUCAACUAUUUCGGAUACCCCGAGCAUGAGAUAUUACCAUAUCUACGCGAUGUGGUCAACAAUACACUUGAGAACAACGAACGACUCUUCCUUUCUCAUUUCACAUCAACGACUCAUCAUCCAUGGGGCACACCCAAAGACUAUCCAACCGAGACAUACUUCUCCGAAGAAGGACUCAUGGCGAAACACGAAGAAAUGAACCAAUAUCUGAACGCCGUCCGAUACGUAGACACCUGGCUCGGAGACAUGAUGAAAGUUCUGGAAGAAUUCGAGAUUGCAAACGAGACACUAGUCGUCUUCGUCGGGGACCAUGGCCAAGCAUUCGACGAAGAUGCCCCAGUAUCUGGCACCUACGAGAACGGCCAUAUCAGCAACUUCCGCAUCCCACUUCUAUUCCGACACCCCCUGCUCCCAAAGCUCCAGAUCACAGCCAAUGCAACCUCGAUGUCCGUCGUGCCCACAAUCCUCGAUCUACUCGUGCAGACAGGCUCCCUGAACAAGAUGGAUUCCAGCACAGCCCUCGACCUCAUGAACGAAUACGAGGGCCAGUCGCUCAUCCGUCCCUACCAGGCUACUCAUAAUGGCCGACAGGCUUGGAAUUUCGGUAUCAUUAACCCUGGAGGAACAAUGCUUAGUGUUGGGUCUGCGGCUGUUCCGUAUCGUUUUGUAUUGCCGCUGAGCCCGGACUUUGAAUACAUCUUCUCUGAUUUGGAUACUGACCCGAAUGAGCUGGCUCCAUUGCGGGGGUGGUCACUAGAGGAGUUGAUUGUUCGUGUGAGGAAAUUGCAUGGAGAUCAUGCUGGGAAUUGGCUUAUAGAUGCGGAGAAGGUGGGCAAGUAUUGGGUGGAAGAGCAAAAGCGACGUUGGGAUUACCAAUGA